GAAGGAGUGGCAUCAGCAAAAACAAUGUUACCUUCUCUUCAAAAAGUUGUUUCUUUUCUGCUUCUCUUCACUUCACUGGUUUCGUCUCUCAAUUCCGAUGGUCUCUCUCUUCUUGCUCUCAAGGCAGCCGUGGAAUCUGACCCAACUCGGUCCCUGCACAGUUGGUCCCAGUCUGACUCAACCCCAUGCCACUGGCCGGGAAUUGCUUGCACCCACGGACGAGUCACCUCAAUCUUCCUUCCUGGAAAAGGGUUAACUGGUUACAUCCCAUCGGAACUCGGUCUCCUCGACUCGCUAACUCGCCUUAGUCUCUCUCAAAACAACUUUUCGAAACCAAUCCCUUAUCAUCUCUUCAACGCUACGAACCUUAUAUACAUUGACCUGUCUCAUAACUCAUUCUCCGGCUCAGUUCCUCUGCAAAUACAAUCCCUUAAAAACUUAACCCACCUCGACCUUUCCUCUAACUCACUCAACGGGUCACUCCCCGAGUCACUUGUUGAGCUUAAAAGCUUGAGAGGGACCCUCAACAUGUCUUACAACCAGUUCUCAGGUGAAGUUCCGGCUUCUUACGGAGAAUUUCCGGUUAUGAUAAGCUUGGAUCUGAGGAACAAUAAUUUAUCCGGGAAAGUGCCUCAAGUUGGUUCCCUGGUGAACCAAGGGCCCACUGCAUUCACAGGAAACCCCAAUCUCUGUGGGUUUCCGUUGGAGAAUCUUUGCCCUGAAGCCCAAAACCCCAGAGAUAUUUUAAACCCCGAGGAAAACCCAGAAAAUCCCAAGGGUUUAACUCCCAAUUUUAAUGAUGGGAAUGGAGGAAAAAACAAGGAGAAAACUGGGUCGGUGGCUGUUCCUUGGAUCCCAGGCGUCUCUCUGGUGCUCGGGGCGGUUUCGAUCCUUCUGUGGGUGUUCCGGAGAAAAUGGAAAUCCGGGGAGCGCAAAAUGGGGAAGGAGGAAAAGAGGGAGGAGGUUGUCGAGGAGGUGCAGAAUGAUAAAUUCGUGGCGGUGGAUGAAGGGUUUACUUUGGAAUUGGAGGAUCUGUUGAGGGCAUCGGCAUAUGUGGUGGGGAAGAGUAGGAGUGGGAUAUUGUAUAAAGUGGUGACUGGGAGGGGAUCCGGCACGGUGGGGGCUACGGUUGUUGCCGUGAGGAGGUUGAGCGAAGGUGAUGCCCCAUUGAAGAAUAAGGAGUUUGAGGCUGAAGUUGAGGCUAUUGGGAGAGUUAAUCAUCCCAAUGUUGUGAGGUUGAGAGCAUACUAUUAUGCCAAUGAUGAAAAGUUGCUGGUCACUGAUUUCAUCCGUAAUGGAAGCUUGUAUGCUGCAUUGCAUGGAGGACCGACUGAAAAUUUUCCACCACUUUCCUGGGCUGCAAGGUUGAGAAUUAUUCAGGGAACUGCAAGGGGUUUAAUGUACAUUCAUGAAUACAACCCUCGAAAGUACGUUCAUGGCAAUUUGAAAUCAACAAAAAUCCUUCUUGACAAUGAACUUCAGCCUUACAUAUCCGGUUUCGGACUCACUCGCCUUGUAUCUGGGACUUCCAAAUAUGCAAGUUCAAUAACCAAAAAGCUGAACUCAUCCCAAAGCAUUGCAGCCUCUGCGGUGAGUUCAAGAAUUUCAACUCCUAAUUCCUACCUGGCACCCGAGGCUCGAGUAUACGGCAGCAAAUUCACUCAGAAAUGCGAUGUGUAUUCGUUCGGAAUUAUGCUUUUGGAGAUUUUAACUGGUCGACUGCCUGAUGCUGGCCCUGAAAACGAUGAGAAGGGAUUGGGAGGUCUUGUGAGGAAAGCAUUCCGAGAGGAGCGUCCACUGUCUGAAAUCGUUGACCCAGCACUGCUAACCGAAGUUUAUGCGAAGAAGCAAGUGGUCGCAGCAUUUCACAUGGCACUCAAUUGCACCGAACUUGAUCCGGAGUUGCGGCCUAGGAUGAGAACUGUGUCUGAGAGUCUUGACCGGAUCAAAUUGCACUGAGAAUUCGUCGAGGAAUGAAUCUCCAAAAGCAGUAUUUGUAAAGUUCCAUCUCUGUUGCUAACUCUUGGCUCCUGCUGGAGCUGUUUCGCUGUAUUCAAUCUCUCUGGGUGCGCGAUCACUUGUAGGACUUGUUCGAUUACUGUUGUAAUCAAA